AUGUUGGUAAAGCAUAGGCUUCUUUUCAAGGCGGCUGGUGUGUCGUUCACGCGUACUCUACGCACCCCAUUCAAGGCUCCGGUUUCGUCCCCAGCUGUUGGGGGAGGCGGUGAUACGGCGACGACGACGCCCGAUUGCGGAAGUAGUAACAGCCCCAGAACCCCGAAUAGCAACGAUUCUGCCGAUCGCGAUGCCAAGGAGCCAGCGAUACGAAAAAUAAUGGAAAGGCUCGCGGUGGUGGAUCGACAGCUCGCAGAGGGAGAAGAGAUCACCAGGCGGCUUCAACAGCGGCAAGGCAUGAUCGAAUCCCACCUCGCGGACCUCGAGGCGGCGUCGAAUCAGAUGCGUGGGGAAAUGGUGGAGGUGCAGCGGGUAUUAGGCGAUGUGGUGCUAAAACAGCAGAAUAUCGAUUUCCUGGUUAAGCAGACGGAGCGGGUCGUCUUGCGGGUCCAAUCGCAGGUCGAAGAGGCGACUUCCCGAACCGCACCCCCCUCCACGGCUCCCAAAGACGCCGCGAUGGGUGCGGUGCGGAGUGAUCUAACCACGGCGAGUAUAACUCCGAAAGCUACGGCCAUGUCGGAGGAAGAGAUCAUGAAUAAAUUGCAGAAAAUGGUUGACGAUGCAUUUUCUGCGUGGCAAGCUUCACAUCCUCGCCCCUCCUGCGGCCCCCCCGCGUCGAGUGACGGGCCUUCCCCCGUGGAGCCGUGUGAACCUUCGUGGCAAGCACCAGCGAAACAUCUUGAAGCGCAUGUUUCCGAUGGCGAAUCGCCGUUGCAGAGCAUUAAAUCUCGCAUGGAGAACUUCGAGCUACGAUUGCAGGAAAUCCAAGCUGAGAUCAGCCUGCAACACGUCGAGAAUGCCGCGAUUCAGAACCUGCACACCAUUAAUAGUCAAUAUCACUCGAGGAUCGUCCAGACGCGGCACCCCUCGGAUUCCAAUGUGGUGGGAAGUGAAGCCGAGGCGAAUCUUGUAAACGCGGAGCUCGCUUCCAUCCUGCGCAGCGCCGGAGUUCUGCCGUUUAGAGAUCCCUCCGGACUUCUUCGCAUCGCAAGUCAACGCGUGUUGGUGUACGACAUCCCCCCCAACGUGGGGGCGGCUGAGGUGCGGGAAUUAUGCGCGAUCGCGGUGGGCGAUGCAAGGGGCGUGAUCUCCUGCAUCGUCAGGCGUCUUGCCACUCCCGUGGCCCCGCCCUCGACUGCGAGGGUCGAGGCGAAUCCUGCGAAGGAACCCACGGAGGCCGUGGAUGGUUCCAGCGCGCCUAGAAAGACCAAGGAGGCGACGCGAUACCGCUCCCAGCAGCCGCGCGCACCCUCCACUGUCAAAUCGAACGAUACCGUAUCGCCUGGGGGUGAGGUCCCUGCGCUGCGGAGGGCGUUUGAGGUUACCUUCGCAUCCGCCCAGCUCGCGGCUUGCGCGAUCAAAAAGCUGAACCGCACCACGCUAAGGCUGUCAGCGAAACAAAGCCCACAGAUAAUCACGGUGGAGCCAGUCGUCUCGGCGGAUAUCCUGGCGGCCGUCAAACGUUUGGGUGGAGAUGAAAAAGUGCCAAACUCCUCCUCCACGCCUUCGGAGAUGAGUGGUAAUAAAUGA